AGUCCAGUAGGGGGCUCUCGAGAGCACGAUGCUGACAGUUUGACACCAUUGCUGCUCCGGUGGUGCUGCUCCUGUGUGCGCCGUGUCCUUUAGUCACUUUCGGUUCUUUGACGGAGUAAAGCGUUGUCCGUCACUAUGCUGCGGGCCUGUGUGAGAGGGGCGAAGACCACCGCCCGGUGUAACUAUGGACAAACAUACUUUAACAAUCUACAUCAACGGCAUUACACCACAGGAGGGACCAGUGCUGGACUCAAAGUGGUGACUGCCGGUCUGAUCUCAGUGGGGGGAGUCUUUGGAGGUACGGUGCUCUACGCCAAAUGGGACCCCAAGUUCAGAUCCACAGUGGAAAAAAAUGUUCCAUAUGCUGACUGGCUGUUGGGCACUGCUUUGGGACCACCUGUAGAUCCUUUACCAAUAAAGAAAAAGAUGGAAAGGAGCCAACCACCUAGCAUGAUGGAAAAAACCCUGAAAGAACCAAAACCUGUGGCAACAAAAAAGGAGAAAGAUGUGAUUGAGAAGCCAAGUGUUUCCCCUGCAUCUGCAGCCCAAACUAUAGAAGAAGCUUCUGCUGAGGCCACUCACAUCAUUUCAGCCAUGAGUGAAGUUCAGUCAGUCCCUGCUCCACAUGACACAGAGGCAGCAGUUCUGAAAAAAAUGCCUGAGCAGUGCGAUGAGUGUGAAGCUGCUACACUUGCACCAGAUACAGCACUGGCCCCAGAAGCUUUAAAAGAGCGCCCAAUGGAAGAGGUUGCAGCAAGACUCGCUGAGCAAGACCAGGCAGAAAAGGACGUCUUAGAAUCCCUUUCAGCAAACUUGGAUGAGUCUUUGUCAAACUCAGCCAAAGCCACACUCACAGCUAUUGGAGCCCAGGAGGCUGCACUGCAGGCCAUUUCAAAGCACACCCAGAAGCUGAAGGAGGCUAUGGAAGCUGAGGUUCCAUCUGAGGAGAAGUCUGUCCAGUGGAAGGAUCUAGAAGCUGCUCUGAUAAACAGAGGUACUGCUGUGGAUGAUGCACAUGCAGCUCUGCUAAAUGCUCGCGAGGCUCUGGAGGGGCUCAAAGCAGUUAUUGACAAAUCCAAGGGCUUAAUGGUCUUAGCAGCACGCCCCCUGGUGUUGGCAGCAGAGGAAAACCUGCACAAAAUGGUAGUGGACCUGGAUAAAAUGGUGACUAAGGUGCAGGCAGCAGAGUCUGAGGCCAAGGUGGUGUCUCAGUACAGUGAACUGGUGAAUGAAGCCAAGUUGCAGUUCCAGAGGGAAGUUACCAGCCUCACUCCAGAGAUCCAGGCCAACUGGAAGAGCCUCACUGGUAAACUGACGCAGGAUGAUCUGAAUGCCCUGAUUGCGCACGCACACAGGCGCAUUGACCAGCUUAACCGAGAGCUGGCUGAGCAGAGGGUACGGGAGCAGAUCCAUAUGGAGGCAGCCCUGGACCAACAGAGGCUGGAGCACCAGAAGGCCUUAGAGAUGGCUGUGGACAGCGCUCUGCAGCACAUGAGGGAGGACGCGCGGCUUGAGCAGGAGAGGAAGCUGGCGGAACUGCGGGAGGUGAUGGAGGCAGAGAUGAGGACACAGCUGAGGAGACAGGCUGCAGCUCACACAGACCAUGUACAGGAUGUCCUCAAAGUGCAGGAGCAGGAGCUGAGAUCAGAGGCCCAGCAGGUGUUGAGCAGCAAGCUGCUAGAGCAGGAGACCUUGUACCGCCAGCUGACCCAGGAGCAGCUGGAUAAUUUCACCCUGGACAUGAACUCGGCAUAUGCACGUCUCAAGGGCAUGGAGGAGGCCAUUGACAGUCAUGUGGUGGCAGAGGAGGAGGCUCAGAGGGCUCACCGGCUCUGGCUGGCUGUAGAGGGUCUAUCUCACGCUAUGGGCACGGCUCAAGGUGAAUCCACCACCACUCCACUGGAAAGCGCGGCACAGGUGGUUCGCGAGAGCUGCUUAAACAAUGAGUUUGCCCUGGCUCUGGCAGCGGCUCUGCCAAAAGAGUCCUUGGAGCGAGGCAUCUACAGCGAGGCAUCCCUGCGUAGCCGCUUCCACUCCCUAUGCCCGGUGGCUCGCAGGGUGGCCCUCAUUGACGAAUCUCACAACUCCCUCUACCAGUAUUUUCUCUCAUACCUGCAGGCAGUGCUACUAUUUGAGGCUCCACGCCAAGCUCCCCCUGCCCAGAUCAGGGCGCAGGACUUGGACCCCUUUAAACUGUUGGCAUAUGCCAGCUAUUGCCUGGAACACGGUGAUCUGGAGUUGGCUGCUAAACUGGUGAACCAGUUGAGAGGAGAGGCCCGGCGUGUGGUGGACGACUGGCUCAGAGAGGUGCGACUAACCCUGGAGACCAGGCAGGUGGUCAGUCUGCUCUCAGCCUACGCCAACGCUGUCGGCUUGGGAACCAGCCAGGCAUCCUAGACAGCACUUAACAUUUUUAUGGCAGCACAGGACAGCUAAUGCACGUAAUGUUUGAAAACAACUAUCGCAAUUAUUUAAGAAUGACAAAAGUAAAGUUAUAGAUCCUGUCUGUGUCAGAGAUAGAUAAAUUGUAAAUUGUUAAUGGGAGUAAGUUACCACUUCAAAAUUGUAAACCUGCACAUCAAAAUAAAGUUUAAAAAAUGUAAGAACACUAACCUCAACCAUAAAUAAGAUUGUACCACUCUAGCUAUUCUAGGUCUAAACAAGGGUUAAAUCAGUGAGAGGUGUUCACACCCACAUCCCCACACUCACUUCAUACAAGAUAUGACAUGGCACCAAAAUAGUUUUUGUGUAUGGUUCAUAGACUGUAUAUAUAAAUGGACAUGAUUAACCUGCUAACCCCCGCAAUCCAAAUAGAAAGUCUGCAGGGGUGUGCUUCCGGCUCCACCAUCUUGCCCCUCUCUCUCUGCUGCUGCUGUCAGACUUGCCAUUUUGCUUUUAAAAUGUUCAUAUUAAUCCACACUACAUGAUCCUGAUGUUAUUAUUUGGCUAACUUGUAUAUAACUCAAGAUUAAUACCAGACCAAUGACAUGCCUUCUUUCCCCGACGGUGCACCCACUAGUGUUAGCAAUAGGUUUGAUUGACAGUGUUGUUAAGCCCCCUGCUAAACCAGCCUUACUCUGGAUUGGCUCUUUAGUUGCUAUGAUACCCGCAGUUGGAAUUUCAAAUAUGGGACUUGGCUCCAAACUCCUCCCUAUAAUCGCUAGCCUCAACGAGCUGCAUUUGACUGCAGCUGAACACUAUGGGUGAUGUCACACUCACUUAGUCCACUUCUUUACGCAGUGUAUGGUUUUGUUAAAUGUGUAGAAAACAGCUGUAAUAUUUGGUGCAUAUCAGUAAUUUAUUUUUAUUAGAGGUAUAGGUCUAUAGUAAUGACUAUACAAAAUAAUGCAGUUUUAUAAUCGAAAGGCCUUCAGUAGUUAGGGCAGUGGUUCCCAAAGGGUGACAUGGCAAGAGUAAGGUGUUGCGAGAUGAUUCCAAGGUUAUGAUAAUGUAUAUAAUCCAUUUUUGGUAUUGAGAACCUUAUUUGUGACAUUGGGUCCAAACACACAGUAAACUAUAAAAAGAUAUUUAUAUAUAUAACCUAAUUUAACAUGUUUUCUAAGUUUUAGUUUAUGCCAUGAUUUUCAUUUGACAGUAGGGGAUCCCAAACCAGCAGUUACAAAAACCACAUCAGCUGAUCUCAACAUGUUUUUUGGUUUGUUUUUUUUAAAUCCAGAGCAACCGUUGGCUGAUAAGCUCUGCUGAUAUUUUUGGGCUUAUAUGUAUGGCUAUUUUCUCUAAAUGUAAAUUCACUACAAACUCACCCACAGUGAUUUUUUUUUAUUUAUUUUUUUUACCACAAACCUUUAAGGGCUGUGUAGUAAUGUUUUGUGUAGUUAGCUCUUCAUAUUAAAGUGUU